AUGGGCCAGAAGGGCCAGUACUUCGUGUGCAAGUGCGGCACCUGGACGUGGUGCUCCAAGGUGCAGCAGGGCCAGACGUGUGGCAAGAAGUGGCCUGCUCCGCCGGCUCCGGCUCGCCAGCAGCCCAGGAGCCCGCAGAAGCACCCAAAGUCCCCGUCCUCUUCCCCCUCUCCUCAGCGCGACCCCGAUCGCAAGGAAAGGCGCGAGGAAGAACGCCGCCUCAAACGCGCGGUCACGACCAUCUGGGAUCAAAUCCCGGAAGAGGCACGAUCACGCCUCGUGCAAGCGGGAUGGAAAGGACCUCCCAAGCAGAAGGAGGCGGUUGAGUCCCAAACCGACCCUCUCCUGAGCCUGCUGGUGCAGUGCCAGGACGAGUUAUCGGAGGACAUCCGCACCGCGCCUGUGGAGGCUACCACAGGCCCAGAACUGUCUCCGGGAGAGAAGGCCAUGCAAUCCAACAAGGACCUCACCAAGGCCAGCUCCCGCCUCCGAGUGCUGAUCCACAAGAAGAUCAAGCUGCUCGAGAGCAUCGAGGAGGCGAAGGAAUCCCUCCGCCUGCAGCUGCAGGAGCUCCAGGAGACGACCGAGAAGAUCCACGAGGCCGAGAACGCAGUGGAGAAGGCCAAGCUCGAGCUCACCAAGGCUGUGGGGACCCCCACUGGGGUACAGGACGUGCCAGUCACUCCUGAGCCAAUGGAUGUGGACGAACUGGUCACCAUCCUUGCCCUGACUCUCUCACGAGCAGCAGGAGAAGCUGGCGGAGUACCGCGCAAAAGCCCAGAAGAGGCAGAGGCCUCCUUAUACCGUCCCACGAGGUAUGUGGGCGAGUUGGUAAAGCGAACUGGCACUGCAUAG